GUUUUGUAUCGCAAUUGCAAGUAUGUUAUCUUGGAUACGCAAAUUAUCUAUUGGCACUAAAAUAAAAGAUGGUUUGUUGCCUGAUGGAGAUAUGGGGACUGCACAAGAUCUUGUUAAUAAAAAAAAUCCAAGUGAGGUUACCGAAAAAGACAUUACUGAGUUGAAAGAAACUGUCUACGAUUUGUUGAGGACAAUAAAAGAUCCAGAAAAACCGCAAACUUUGGAGCAAUUAGAAGUUGUUUAUGAAGAUGGAGUUAUCAUUUGCCCGUCAACCCCCAACGGGACCUUUGUCAUCCGCGUUGAAUUCAAUCCCACUGUGCCACAUUGCUCUCUAGCCACGCUGAUAGGAUUGUGUAUUAGGAUUAAAUUAGAGCGCUCAUUAAUCGAGUCUUUUAAAUUAGAUAUUUAUAUUAAAGAAGGCGCUCACUCUACUGAGGAAGAAAUUAAUAAACAAAUUAAUGAUAAAGAGCGCAUCGCAGCUGCUAUGGAAAAUCCGAAUCUUCGGGAGUUGGUGGAAAAGUGUAUAAAAGAAGACGAUGAAUAAUUUAGUUUAAGUAGUUAAAUUAUUUAAAGAAUUUUACGU